GUUGCAAAAUGAGGCUGGGAAACAUUCGUUUCAUUCAUUGUAUAUAUUUUCCAGUUCUCAUUCUGGUUUUUUUUAAUCCAACGGUGGGGGGAGGAUUGGCAUUAUCACUUUUACAUGUAUUUAAAAUAAGUGAUUUAAGCUUUUGAUCAAUUGGGAAAAAUUCUUCUUAAUGUCUUUUAAUUAAUGAGCUUAAAAGAGAUCACUGUCGCCUAAGAAGUGCUAAAGAAAUACAUCAGGAUUACUUAGGCAAGUGAUUCCAUCCACACCAGGUUGGGUUGUUUUCUUGGCAGUGGCUGAAAUGCUUGGAAAAUAAAACUCCACAUUUGGGGUGGGUUUUUGGUAGGAGACUAGUUGUUUUGCACACUUAAGAAGAAAGCAGGCAAUAGGUAAUUGCUGUUCUCAUGCAUUUGCUAAUGUCAAACAAAGAGCCCAUCACUUUAUCAUUCUUUUCUUUUUAAAAAAGUUUUGGCAUUUCUGUAGCAGUAUUUUUAGUGAGGGUUGUGAUUUGUCGUCAUGCAUGUUUUGUGCACACUUUUUUUUUUUUUUUUUUUUUUUUGGAAGGGCUCAAUUCGUUUAAUUGUACCAUGGUAACCACAGCUAGAACUGGAACAAUUCCGUCUUCAGAAAUACAACUCAAUUUUUGUCAUUUGUUUUCAUGUUUUCAGAAAAUUAAGGAAAAUGUAUAGAUUCUUUAAUUUCCACUGAGUGAAUAUGUAAAUCUUUUAAAAUGGCAAAUGCAUAUUCCAUGCAUUUCUUAUAGAAUGAUGCAACUGGUUAGAUGUAUAGUUGUGCAUGUAUUAAUAGAGGAUGGCCAGUAUUUUCUAAAGGUCCUCAUACCUAGUUAUGCUGCUGGAUCUAUAAUUGGGAAGGGAGGACAGACAAUUGUUCAGUUGCAGAAAGAGACUGGGGCGACCAUCAAGCUGUCUAAAUCCAAAGAUUUUUACCCAGGUACUACAGAGCGAGUGUGUUUGAUCCAGGGAACAGUUGAAGCACUGAAUGCGGUUCAUGGCUUCAUUGCUGAAAAGAUUCGUGAAAUGCCUCAAAAUGUGGCCAAGACAGAACCAGUCAGCAUUCUGCAGCCCCAGACCACUGUUAAUCCAGACCGCAUCAAACAAACAUUGCCAUCUUCCCCAACUACCACCAAGUCCUCUCCAUCUGAUCCCAUGACCACCUCCAGAGCCAAUCAGGUAAAGAUUAUAGUUCCCAACAGCACAGCAGGUCUGAUAAUAGGGAAGGGAGGUGCUACAGUGAAGGCUAUAAUGGAGCAGUCAGGGGCUUGGGUGCAGCUUUCUCAGAAACCUGAUGGGAUCAACUUGCAAGAGAGGGUUGUCACUGUGAGUGGAGAACCUGAACAAAACCGAAAAGCUGUUGAACUUAUCAUCCAGAAGAUACAAGAGGAUCCACAGAGUGGCAGCUGUCUCAAUAUCAGUUAUGCCAAUGUCACAGGUCCAGUGGCCAAUUCCAAUCCAACCGGAUCUCCUUAUGCAAACACUGCUGAAGUGUUACCAACAGCUGCAGCUGCUGCAGGGCUAUUAGGACAUGCUAACCUUGCUGGAGUGGCAGCCUUUCCAGCAGUUUUAUCUGGCUUUACAGGGAAUGACCUGGUGGCCAUCACCUCUGCACUUAAUACAUUAGCCAGCUAUGGAUAUAAUCUCAAUACAUUAGGUUUAGGCCUAAGUCAGGCAGCAGCUACAGGGGCUUUGGCUGCAGCAGCUGCCAGUGCCAACCCAGCAGCAGCAGCAGCCAAUUUAUUGGCCACCUAUGCGAGUGAAGCCUCAGCCAGUGGCAGCACAGCUGGUGGUACGGCGGGGACAUUUGCAUUAGGUAGCCUGGCUGCUGCUACUGCUGCAACCAAUGGAUAUUUUGGAGCUGCUUCUCCCCUAGCUGCCAGUGCCAUCCUAGGGACAGAAAAAUCCACAGAUGGAUCAAAGGAUGUAGUUGAAAUAGCAGUGCCAGAAAACUUAGUUGGUGCAAUUCUUGGAAAAGGAGGGAAAACAUUAGUUGAAUACCAGGAGUUGACUGGUGCAAGGAUACAGAUCUCCAAAAAAGGAGAAUUCGUUCCUGGCACAAGAAAUCGCAAGGUAACCAUUACUGGAACACCAGCUGCAACCCAGGCCGCACAGUAUUUAAUUACACAACGGAUCACAUAUGAGCAAGGAGUUCGGGCUGCCAAUCCACAAAAAGUGGGUUGAGUGCCCUUGUUAAACAUGAGAUUGUUUUAACCCCUCCUUACCCUAUUUUCAAGAAGGAUGUACUGUACUUUGCAGAAGUGAAGUUUUUCUGUUAUUAAUAUAUAAUUAUGCAAAUGAAUGCGACUAUGUUGACAAUGUGUAUAUGUAAAUAUAAUGUGUUUUACCAGAUGUUUCAUAGAAAGAAUUUUUUCUUGAUCUGUUUUGUUCUCUAUUCUUUGCUUGUGUAUAUUUGUCAGAGGUGUUUCUAGUGUAAGAUUUAAGCCUGCCAUUUUACCAGCAUUAUUGUAGUUUAAUGAUUGAAUGUAGAC